UUUGUGAACAUUUGCCACACCAAUAUGCCAAACAUUUGUGAGUGUACGAUACGUUUCGACGAUAAUUUGUGUAAGGUAUUCGCUCCUGGCCAGAUAAUCGCCGGAACCGUAGAGCUACGCGUGCUUGAAGCAUUGAAAGUCAGAGGUGUUAAGUUGGAAAUCAAAGGGUUCGCGAAGGUCUCGUGGACAGAAACUAUUAUGCAAAGUCAAUCGUCUCAGGAUGCACCACAUACAACAACAGAAACGAUACAUUAUGAUGGACGCCAGGAGUACCUGAACACGACGUAUUAUCUGUUGGGAUCACAGGGUAAUAAUAUAAAGUUCUUAUUGACGGCGGGAACGCAUUGCUAUAGAUUCCAGACGGUUCUUCCACAUAAUUUACCGUCAUCAUUCGAAGGAGCCCAAGGCCACAUCCGUUAUGCACUGCUAAUUGUAGUAGAUCGACCAUGGAUGAUCGACCCAACAUUCAAGCACGAAUUCAAGGUACAACGUCAGAUGAAUCUCAACGAGAUCGGGAACGGGAUCGACAUGCCAUAUAGAAUUGAAGUACAGAAGGUAUUUUGCUGUGGUCCUUGUGCCUCUGGUCCGCUAUAUAUCUCUGCGCAAAUCCCUGCCGGAGGAUAUGUACCAGGGCAAAAGAUCACCAUACACAUAGCAACAUUCAAUAAAAGCACGCGUAAUGUUAAUGAAUUCAAUGUGAAACUCGUCCAGAAUGUAAGGUACAUCAGCCAAACACCGACACGCCGCGAGAAGACAGUUUCGGUAACCGUAGCCAGUGAACGAUACGCAGGAGUGGCCGCCGGCGAUGACAAUGUGUUCGACCGUGAUUUAACCAUUCCAUCCCUACCACCCUCAAGCAACCAGAAAAUCUAUGGUCAGCUGAUUAUCAUUGACUACAAACUAAAGCUUGAGGCUAAGGUAUCUGGACUCUCCGUCAACCUUAAGAUGAGCAUUCCGAUAGUGCUCGGUACAAUUCCACUAAUGAACCAUCCCGCAGCCAUGAUCAACAAUAUGAAUAACAAUAUCCAGUUCCAUUCAUUUCCGGUCAUCAUUCCAGAAUUGCCUGCCUCGGCUGCACUAUUUCCUACAAGCUAA